AUGGAAUACUCCGAAAUCACAGCCAGCGACGGCUGCACCUUAGCUUUCCAGACCUCGCUGCCCCUCCUUCACAAAGACGGCGACGGCCGCCCCACAUCAUCAUCGCCACCGGGCGCGGAGCGCAGCUACAAGAAACUCAUCCUCCUGAUCCACGGCUUCUCGGGCUCCUCGGCGUACUUCCAGAAAAACUUCUCGGCCCUCUCAGCAUCCUGGGUCGUCGCCGUCGACCUGCGCGGCCACGGCCGCUCCGGCCGUCCCAGGGGCGGGUAUCACGUGGCACGGCUGGCGGCGGACUUGAAGGAGCUGAUCGCGCACCUGCGCUCGUCCGUCCCCACGGAGCAUGACGCCGAGACAGACGUCGUGCCCGUGGGCUGCUCGAUCGGCGCCGCGGUCCUCUGGACGUACGUCGAGCUCUUCGGGGAUGCCGAUUUCGCCGGCAUGGCCUUCGUGGACCAGGCGCCGCUGCAGGACCGGUCUUCCUUCGACGCCUGGGACGAGGGGAAGGCGCACCGGGGCUGCUUCGAUGAGGCGUCCAUGCUCGGUGCGCAGAGGGCGUGGAUCGAGAGACCCGAGGACGCGUUCAAGGGCUUGGCGGCCGACUGUCUGGGGUAUAGGUACCAGCCGCUGCCCGGGGAUGAUGUGAGCGAGGAGAGGAGGAAGGGGGACGAGGACUUCUUCACGGGCGAGAGCCGGAAAUGUGAUACCAGGUGGCUGGCGAGGCUGUUGGCUGAUCACACGCGGUAUGAUCAUCGCGAGGCGUGCGAGGGCAUCCGCGUUCCUGUAUUGGUCCUCGCGGGUAAGAGGACGGGGUGCUUCCCGUUAGAGGGUAUGAAGGAAACGGUCAGGCGGGUGGAGAAAGGGAGGAGAGAUAGGGGUGAGUCGCAGGGUAUUGUGAGGUGGUCCGAGUAUGGUAGCGGACAUUGGCUGUUCUGGGAGGAACCGGAGAAGUUUAACAAAGAAAUUGCUGUGUUUGUGGAGGAGUGCACAAGGCCAUGA